AUGGAUAUUGCAAGCAACUGGACCACGGACGCAGCUCUCGGCUGUGACGAUUCUUUCGGCCCAACCGCUAGCAGCUGUGAGACACCUCGUUUCGACUUUACGCUCCUCUUUGAACAGUCCAUCUUGAACAUUGCGCCAUGUGCGUUGCUUCUAAUCUUUUCGCUGCCGCGAACUCUCUAUCUGUUUCGCAGCAAGCCCAAGGUUCUGCGCAGUCGAAUCGGUAUUCCGAAAUUGGUCGCCUACGCUGCUCUCAUUUCUCUGCAGCUAUCACUACUGGUGGUUUGGUCCGUCCAUCAUGAGGCUCUCACCCGUGCCUCUCUGGCAGCAGCGACGCUCAGCCUUGCCGAUGGAAUAGCACUCAGUGUUUUGAGCUAUUUGGAGCAUCGACGAUCAAUUCGGCCUUCAAGCAUCAUUCUCGUCUAUCUCGUGUUCUCAAUUGCUUUCGAUGCAGUCCAGUGCCGAACUCUCUGGCUUCUCAAAACAAAUGUCUUGGCUCCAGUCUCUACGGCUACACUGGCGUGCAAACUCGUCGUCUUUCUUCUUGAACUUGGAGAGAAGCGCCACAUUCUUCUGCAUCCCUGGAAUAAUCUAACACCAGAAACGACAAGCAGCAUCAUAAAUAGAAGCCUCUUUUGGUGGUUAAACGACCUUUUGCUUCGCGGAUUCCGUACGCCUUUGUCUACUGAUACGCUUUACGAGAUUGACGACAGCAUGAAAUCGGAGAGACUCUUCCAUAAAUUACAGGAUGCGCGUCAAAAAUGGUUCAGCUCGCGGAUUUCCAAUGGGUUCUAUCAGCACAAACUCUUCCGUUCUCUCACCAUGAUCCGAGGUGCUUUGACGUCCUUGGUCUAUAUCCGCACUCUUGAAGUGAGCGCCAUGUCUUCAGACACUGCGGCUAUUACACUAUCUGGCCCCGAUGUUACCUCAAUUACGAGAGCGUUUGAGAGCUUUCAUGAAAUAUGGGCAAAUCCUAUAGAAAUUGCGUUGGCCAUAUGGCUAUUGGCGAGAGAACUAGGUCUGGGAUGUAUUGGUCCCGCCGUCGCUGUUAUUGUGUGCACCAUUGCUAUGACGAGGCUCUCCAACUUCAUGGGGCCUGCCAUGAAAGCCUGGAAUGAAGCCAUCCAGAAACGUAUUACGACAACAUCCAGUGUAAUUGGCUCGAUAAAAGAGGUCAAGAUGCUAGGCAGAGCCAGCUCAUGGACAGAUAGCAUUCAACUGCUUAGAGUAGCAGAACUUGAGCGCUCGAAAAUGUUUCGUAGAUUCAUCACAUAUAUGAACAUCUUGGGCAAUACUCCAUCUGCUUUGGCUCCCAUUCUCACAUUUGGCAUUGCCAUUGCUGUGAGUCGCAAUGGAGCGCAGAAUCAGCUCUCCAUCUCGACCGCCUUCACCUCGCUAUCAAUCAUCGCACUGAUUACGAAUCCUCUGGCGAAGCUUCUCUCGUCUGUUCCGUCUUUCGUGAGCUGUAUUGGCAGCUUUGAGAGAAUCGAGGCAUUUGUUAAUGAAAGCCAAAAUGCGCCGUCUAUACCAAUUGCUAUACACGGUGAUGCAUCAGUCCAAAAUGAGAGCGAUAUGGCCUCCAAUAUUGAACUGAACCAUCUCCCUAAGCGAGGGUCGGCCAUAAUAGUGGCCGAUGAUGUCUCAUUCAAUGUGAAGCGUGAAGAAACUCCCGUGCUGCAAGGUCUAAACAUUAGCAUCCGACCGUCGACUUUAACACUAGUGACUGGAAAGAUUGGAUCAGGAAAGUCAAUGCUUCUACUCGGGCUCAUAGGCGAGCUUCAUGCAAGUGGCGAUUUGAAGCUUCCCUCAUCUGGGAUUGCAUUCUGCUCCCAAGCAACUUGGUUAGUCAACACUACCAUCAAGAGGAAUAUCACUGGACCGGAGGACCAAGAAAUCGACCCUGAGUGGUAUGAAACCGUAAUCCGAGUCUGUGCAUUAGAGAGGGACUUUCAGCAACUUCGAGACGGCGAUGAAUCCAUCGUCGGGAGUAAAGGACUUACGCUCAGUGGUGGUCAGAAGCAACGUGUUGCGCUCGCGCGAGCAAUUUACUCGAGAAAGCAAGUACUCAUAGCGGACGAUAUCUUUUCAGGUUUAGACCCAGAAAGCAGACGUCACAUUUGGACUCAAGUAUUUGGUCCAUUGGGAAUUCUCCGUCGUCAAAAGGUCACCGUGAUACUUGCAACACAUACACUGGAAUUUAUUCAAGACGCAGAUCACAUCAUCAUUCUGGAGAAUGGGCGCAUUGAACACCAAGGCACUUUCGGUGAGCUUUGCGAUUCAGUAGCCAUUCUUAAGAGUCAACAAGGCAAGGGAGAUGAUUCGACAUCUGAGAAUUCGUCAGACGAAAUUGAACCAAAGCUACCCAAUAUACAAAGACAAGAAACUGAGGCCGAAGAAACCGAAAACCUGACUCAACGAAUGGGAGAUUCGUCUCUUUAUGCUUACUACUUCAGAUCAAUAGGUUGGAAAUUAGCUCUAGGAUCACUGUUCUUUUCCACUACGGAACAAUUCCUUGCUCAAUUCUCUCAGGCGAAUGAGGGCCACUCUGAUACAAACACAGGCAUGUACUACGGUGUAUACGCCAUGUUUCUCUGUCUUGGAGUUGCAGCCAUUGGGGUUGAUUGCUGGUUCAUGUUUGUCGUUUUAAUUCCACGAUCUGCAGAAUGGCUCCAUUGGCAGUUGUUGGAAGCGACAAUGAAGGCACCGAUGGCUUUCUUCAAUUAUGUCGACACUGGCGACUUGAUUAAUAGAUUUAGCCAAGACAUGUCUCUUGUUGAUCGAGAAUUGCCUACAGCAGUUUAUACAACGACAUUUGGCCUUCUAUCAUGCAUUGGAGAUGCAAUCAUCAUCAUUGUCGGUGCGAAAUACCUUGCGGCAACACUACCAGUAGCAAUCCUAGUGCUCUACGCGCUGCAAAAAUUCUAUCUCCGAACCUCGCGCCAACUCCGUGUGCUUGACCUCCAAGCCAAAUCGCCACUGAACACGCAGCUUCUGGAGACCAUUGAAGGACUAUCAACCAUACGCGCGUUUCAUUGGCAAUUUGCUAUGACCAAGUCAUCUCUCGGAUUGCUAGAUCGUUCUCAGCGCCCACACUAUCUGCUUCUCUCCAUUCAGCGCUGGUUAAACUUGGUCCUUGAUCUCUUGGUAACUGUCGCAGCGGUGCUUCUUGUCCUCUUUGGAGUUACCACCAAGACUUCUACGCCGGGAAACAUGGCCAUUGCCAUGUACAGUGCGCUGGGCUUUAGUGGAUCGCUCGCCAACUUUAUCUCCUCUUGGACAUCACUCGAAACGUCUCUUGGAGCGAUCGCCCGACUUAAAGAGUUCAUGCAGGUCACUCCACAAGAGAUUGAGCCAUCAGAGGACACGCUUUUGAACCCUUCAACUUCAUGGCCUUCAAGAGGUCAAAUCGACUGGCAAAAUAUCGAGGCUUUCUAUACUAGAAAAGAGGGAGGGGGGGAUCCUGUCCUUCACAAAAUCUCUCUCCAGAUCCAGCCAGGCCAGAAGGUUGCCAUUUGCGGAAGAAGUGGAAGUGGAAAAUCAUCCCUGCUCUCAACGUUAUUUGGGCUGUUGGAUUACUCUGGGACCAUUACAAUUGAUGGGCUGGACAUCUCACAACUGUCUAAGCAAGCUCUACGGUCUGGUUUAAUCGUGGUUCCUCAGCAUCCAGUCUUGUUCCCAGGAUCGUUACGCUCAAAUCUUCUCUAUGACUCGGGUAAACAGAGACAAAUACUCUCAGAUGCCGACAUUAUUGCUCUACUCGAGAGAUUGGAAGUAUGGGACGCCGUUUGCCAGAGCGGCUCUCUCGAUACGGAAAUGACCGACUUGGCUCUGUCUUAUGGCCAGAAGCAACUUCUCUGUUUGGCGCGGGCCAUACUCCGUAAAGACGAAAGCAAAAUUGUCAUCCUGGAUGAGGCGAUGAGUGCGGUGGAUCAUCAUACAGAAGAACUAAUGAUCAAAGCUCUCGAGACCGAAUUUAAUGAGCACACCAUAGUCUCCAUCGUUCAUCGACUGAAUACAGUUCGAAACUUCGAUGCACUCGUCGUCCUCGAUCAAGGUAGAAUUGUCGAGAAGGGUGUACCCAGGGAGCUGAUUACUGAAAAUGGGCAGCUGAAAAGGUUCCAGAACGGCCGGAAAGUGUGA